GUCUGCUCGCUCCAUUCUCUCUCUUUCAGAAAGUGUGACGUGAAGGCAAUUAGCCCUCAGAUUCUCAGAGAGGUCUGGUGAGGGACAGGCGGCGCCCGCUUAUCACACGCGCACUCUUGCAAAACACCACCGGUCUUAAUCUGAGACGAGACUUUUAUUACCGUGGCGUCACUGCAAUUAAAGCGUAGCGGAACGACAUGAAGCUGCUCGCACUAACGACCCUUUUCUCAAUGGUUUUGGCCGAAAACUCCCCCCGGCUGAAAUUCACCGUGAUGGAGUCACCUCGGUUUCGCUUCAUGAAACCAGAGAACUACACAACGGUUUACCACCAACAGGAAACUGAUGUCCUGUACGUGGGGGGCCAAGGGGUCAUCUAUAAGCUCACCUUCAGUGAUAAAGGAGUGCAUGACACGCAGAUCAAUUCGUUAAUGGAUGAGAACGCAAAAGAGACGUGUGUCUCUAAAUCACCAGAAUGGAAGCAAGAGUGCGCUAAUUUCAUCACAGUAAUCGAGAGAGUUGGCGAUUCGUUCGUGGUGUGUGGGACACGAGCAGGUGCUCCUAAAUGUUGGCUCCUGGUAAAUGACAGUGCAUUGACGGACAUGCCGGAGGAAACAACAGCAUCUAACAUCUUGGCGCCUUUCCCUUCUCAGCGCUCCAUCAGUCUGUCAGCAGAUGGGAAUCUGUACUCUGCUCUGUCAGCGGUUGCAGGACAGACUGGCUCUAUCCAUCGCACAUAUGGCUCCAAAAAGCAGCUGAAGACAGAGAAUAAAUGGUUACUGAAUCCACAGUUUGCAGGAGCUGCUGUGAUACCACACAAAGAGCAACUCAAGAAUGAGAUCUAUUUCUUCUUCAGUGAGGUCAACAUUACAGCCAGUCUAGAUGAAGAGCCAUACAGGGCUCGCAUAGGACGAGUCUGCAUGGUUGAUGAGGGAGGGCUUCAGAACAUGCUGCUGAACUCUUUCACUACGUUUCUGAAGGCACGUGUGAUGUGUGGAAAAGCUGGAACUCCUAUACAUUACAAUAACUUCAAGCAGGCUUUUGUUCUGUCCUCUCAUCAGCGCACUGGGUUGAUAUACGGCAUCUUCUCCAAUGCCUGGAACACCACUGUAGUGUGUGCCUACUCCAUUGAAGACAUUGACCAAGCCUUUUCUACAUCCAAGCUGAAGGGCUACAACUCGCCUUUGUCAAUUCCCCGUCCUGGAGUGUGUGCUUUUAGGAAUAACACUCAGGCUCAUAACCAGAAGCUCCUGACCGUGAUCAAGGAUCACCCUGAGAUCGAGGAUAUGAUCAUCCCGGUCGGCGAAGCUCCUCUAGACCUGGCAGUUCAAGACCACUUCACACAUAUCGUGGCUGACACGGUCCUUGCUGUCAAUGAUGAACAUUACAGCAUCAUUUAUCUGGGCACAGAGAAGGGAAAGGUCCUGAAGGUGCUGCAUGCCAUAGAAGGAGCCUUUAUCAUAGCACAGUACUCUUUAUUUCAUGAUGAUAGUCCCGUCAUCAACAUGGCCAUUGAUUCUAAAAAGGGUCAUCUCUACAUUGGCACAGAGCUUGAGGUGCAGCGCAUCCCUCUCGCUGACUGCGGUCGCUACGGAGCCAGCUGCCAGGAAUGCAUCCUUUCACGAGAUCCAUAUUGUGCGUGGGACGUGUCCAAGAAGAAAUGUACUGCAAUCCCACCAGACUACAACUUUAGCACUGGAACCCUUGUUCAGACCCUUGACCACUCCAACGCCUCGGUCUGUGGCCAUGUUACAGCUCAUAAAGCACGUAGCACCAUCCCCAAACAGGUUUUAGUGGAUAAAGAUGGACCCAUCCUGCUACUGUGCCCCGUGCGCUCCUAUCAUGCUACGUACCGCUGGGAGAAAGAUAACUGCGUCAAGCAAUAUCCUUGCACCAUCUCCGGCUCCUCCUGUGUGUUGGCGCCCACCCCUGACCUGCCUCUGAAGGAGGGGGUGUUCCGCUGCAUGGUCGAGGAGAGCGGCCUGCAGCAGGAGGUGGUGUCCUACAAGCUGGUGUUCAACGGUGGGCCCCUCUCCACCUCGCUAGCCUCCACCCUGGGGUCGUCUCUGCUUCUGGCUGCUGCGGCACACUGGCUGCUGUAGAUCCAAUGAAUCCCGGGGGCUCAAAAGGAAACAAGUUUAAUACUAAGGUCAGCAGAGCAUGAGUACCUAGGCCGGUCUGACUAAACUGCAGGGGAGCAGCUGGUCUCUGUAUAAACUGUGUUUCUUGUUUCUUAUUCAAAGCAAUCACAAGUUUAUUCUUUUCUUUAAAGGGCCGAGAAAAUGCCUGAAAUCGUAUCAUUUUGCAAAACGCUUUAUCAUACCAAACUUCAGUGUUAUGUAAAACAUUUACUUACGUAAGUGAACUAUUUCAUGCCAUCAGCCUGAAAGCAUUUAGACUUAAAUACUGUAUAUUCAAUAUCUAAUACAUGAGAUUUGUACUGCAUAAUACAUUGCUUGCAAAAUGUUAAGUGCCAUCAUUCAGAUGUUUCAGACUGCUUUGCUAACUACACUCAGACAUCCAGAUCAGUUCUUGGUUAGUUUUCUUAGUAACACCACUUUUCAAAAAGGUUCAGUUGCAUUAGUUAAGAAUAGAGUAUCAUGAACUAACUAUGAACAAUUUACAGUAUUCAGCAACCAUGGUUAAUUUAUUAUUAUUGAAUAUUUAACAUUUAUUCAUUGUCAAUUCAUGUUUCAUCAACUUGACAGUCUGUACACCAUAUAAAGUAAACUUGAGAUGCUAAAAUGCAUUAGUGUACGCAGAAAUGAAAUUUUUACUCACGCUGUUCAUUUUUAGUUCAUGUUACCUAAUGAUUUAACCAAAUUGAACCUUAUUUUAAAGUGUUACUCUUUUGUUGGUAUGUAGAAUUGCUACAGAUGUGUUAGAUGUGCGAGUACAUGCUGAAACGUGAACAUACUGUUAUAAAUCCUUCGACUUUUCCAUUGUGUGCCAUUAGGACAGUACUGAAGCCUUAAAACAAGGAUGAGUCCCUUUAAAGCUGCAAGGGUCACAUCCUAAGCACAACUUGCGAACUGAGCAGAACCCGCAGAAUCUGCUGGCUUUGUCUUUCCAUUGAUUCAUUCCGACCUGACGCAGAAUGUUAUUUCAGCACGAUUUCAGGAGUACAAACAGCAGAUUUGUUUGCGCCCGUUUGGCAAGUUUGAAAUCCGAAAUGUGAACUGAAAAACAUGCAAAAACGAACACAGAUUCGACCGCUUUUGCUCAGUGGCUACACAGGAAGAAUAACCAGAAUUUAUAAUAUCCAUAUUUUACUCGGUUUAUCUCAGUACAUCACUGUGUUUAACAAACACGCAUAAACACUCUUGCAUUCUUGACGCAGUGUACUUUUCAUGCUCAUGAAAUACAUUUUGCAGACAAUAAGCUUCAGUACAUGUAACAUGGAGUCGCAUUUUGUAGUGGCAGUGUACAGAGGCUUAAUUAAUGCUGUUGUUUUAAUUGUAAUGCUCUGCAUAUGCUGUUUUUCACCAUUGCUGCCUAUGGGAAUAGGAGUAUUCCUGAUGGAUCUAAACAGUCAUCCUGCACUAAAGUGCUCAGAGUGUAAAUCUGUCAGCAUUUUACUUCAUAACAUUUUCAUUCGAUCAUGACUUCCUCCAAUCAGACUUUAGGGCGGUUAUCUUAUACGCAUUACAAAAAGGGACAAUAAAAAAAAACGCUCAUACAAGAACAUUCUAAUCACCAUCUGCACCUCUAACACACACCCCACCACUAUUUCUGUUUUUCUCUUUCUCUCUCUCUCAGAGCAACUGACCCCAAAUGCCAAUUUUGUCUUUAACCUUGUUCUUUCCUCACUACAUUUUGGGAGCAGGACAAUGGUGUUAUGAACGAAUUGAUCACUAAUAACCAGAAGUGCAUUGUGUUUUCAGAUGAUGGAUGUUGUGACUUUGUUUUUGUAUAUAGUCAUAUAGUUAUGUCUUGUGUUGCUCUGUUUCUUGCUCUGUUGUUGACAUAAUCUGCCAAUCCUAAACUAAAAGGAGACGUUUUUUUAUUUUUUACUUCCGUUUGAAUCUCUGGUUUAACGUUCGGGCUAACCUAAGUGUCAUAAAUGAAAGCCAUGUAAAUAGUGCAGGGACUGACUGCAAUGUUGCUUUACACAUUUAGUGCAUUAGCUAUUUAUGCUAGUGUGUGCUAACCUUCUGUUUGCAUGCAUGCUGAAUGCCACAGCACUGUCGCCCUUCUCUGUGUACUUGUACCUCUGUCUCUUGGCCUAAUGUGCUACAGUGCACUAAAUGAAGGAACGUUGUCGUGCCAAACCAACGCUGUGUCAUUUUCGUCAAAGAGCUUUUCUAACUUUUCCACUGUGCUUCGAAGCCAAACAUUUAUCUUAUGUGAUAACACACAUAUAGCAGUUAUCUAGAUAUAGACCGCCACAUGUACACACUCUAAAAUACUUCUGGCAGUGUAAGCGACACAGGGUCCUUCGAUGUAGACGACACAAAGUAACAACUGUACAAAACUGUUACAUGUUAUGUUUUUAAAUUAAUUUUUUUACUCUGUAACUGGUGUUGCAAAGAUAGUUUAAGGUCACUGUGUUUUUAUUGUCUGUCUGUCAUUUGCUAUGCCCGAGACUUGUGGCAGGGAGUGUUUUCUCAUGUAGGGGACGCUCAGCACGGUUUACUGCUCAAAAGCAUCUUGCAGUUGUGUAAGCUUGCACUUAAUAAUUCAUAUUUAUAACUGGUUACCCAAAGUCAUAGCAAUUUUUUUCUAAAGGGAUUGAAGACAUUGUAAAAUACAGAAAUAUAUAAUUAUACAUUAAAUGUUUCCCUGAAAAUGUGCAUUAAAAUAAAAAACAAUCUGCUGUA